AGAAAGAACAGUCAAAAUGCAGACAGGGCACAGGACAAAGCACUAGAGACAAACUGUAUAAAAUGAAAUUUUUUAAAAUUUUCAAAUUUGCCGCCGGUUCCGGCCCCCGUACGUCCCGACGCUCGCAGGGACCGGAACACGGAAGCAGGCAUCAGCCGGAGGAGAUGGCCGGGGACGCUGCAGGGGACACAUCGCGGGAGAGCGAAGGACAAGGUAAGUGCUGCAGGGAAUCCCUGAGCAACGCCACAUGGUAAGCCCGAGUGUAGAUCGGGGUUACUGCUUUUGGUACUGAAA